CUCUCCGCUCACUCGACGGUGCUGCCACUGCUCGAUCGCCUGUCCUGCCUCCGUCCAGUGCGUGCUCUCGUCCGAGCGCAUGUCCCAGCUUGUGCUCUCGUCCCUGCUGCUGCCUCGUCUCCGCUGUCCGCACUCCGUCGUUCCGCGCGCUCUCUCCCUGCGAGCGGUGUGCGUGCGAGCGGUGCGCGACGAUCUGAAUCAGACUGGCCAACGGUCGUCUUCAUCCAGCUCUCCCGCCCUGUAAUUUUUAAACGCCGUCUUCCCAUGGCGCAGUACGGGCAGACUCAGCCGUACAGAUCCUUUGUACGCACCGUCCUGUCAUCCUCGUGACGGUGUUUCACAAACCUUGCAAAACCGCGUCUCUCGCAGAGCCGACAGUAUCGCCCUCUUCAACCCACUCUGCCAUCCCCGGACCUCAACGCCCCCGGUCAGGACGCCCAGGGGACGUUCACAACACCCAGAGGAUGACGACCCUAUGUGCGCUAACGCGCCCUCAACGUCUUUCGACCGUGAUGCCCGGUGCACCUAGCAGUCCGCGUAUCCCGUUCGCGCCGUCUGGCAUCAUGCCUUUUGCAUGAACUCGCGUGCGACGUCCACGACGGCGUUGGGCCGAGGAUGGACUUCAUCGAGGCCGCCCGCGUACUACACGGCACGCACCUGCUCCCGCUCUUCCCGCACGGCCCUCCGUCCUCUUGCAAUACAUACACGGGUAUCGUCUGAACGUGCCAGCCGUGGCGUGGGCGGCGCUCGGCAAAACUGCGACGCCAGUGGCACGAACACGCCAAACCCACGGGCGCCCCCGAUAUCGCAGUGUACCAUCCGCAAAUCUCGGCGCCCCCAUUCUACAAGCUCAGGGGAGGUUCACCACGCCUGGAUCCAAACGUCUCUGCGUGCGCCAAGGUGCCAUCGACGUCCUCCGCACGUAGGGGCCUGCGCACCGAGGCGACACCUCCGACCGUCCUCCGCCGUCUCCCGCCCCGCCGCUUCCAUCGGCACUCGCAAGCUUAGCGUUCACGUAAAGAGGCAGCAUGACGCUCUAAUCGAGCCGUGCGCACUUUAAAUCGCAAAUAUCCGCGCCGUGUCGCGCGAUACGCGGUGUGAUGACCACAGAAAAUGUGCGCAUACACCGUGGCAGUAUGCCCACCGCGGUGUUUAUCGCGCAACUCGGAACUGCGGCGUCGACGUCGGGCCUGUCCUCGGCUCGCCCUGGCGCCCAACAACACUGUUCCCAAACCGCGUCCCUCGACGUCUCCGCCUGGCGAGCUGGAUAUAUGCUCACCACACCCCUGCGAACCCGUGGGUACACGCACGAAGACGCCGCACGCGUCGUACGUGCGGGACACCGCCUAACCGCCUGGGAUGCGAAGACCGACUUCCGCCCGUCCUGCCGGCAUCUCGCCUCCGUCGACGCCCGGCACUUGUAUAUGGCACGACGUGCACCGUGCUAUCGUCGCAUCAGCGGCUCUAGUACAAAAAAUGGUACCACCGACGCUAUUCCCUCCAUGGCGACCGCCCCGCCCUUUUUCCGACGUCAUAGAACAGCCCAAUGGCGUAUAUACGACGCCCGGAGCGUACAUCGAUGUCGGGAGGGCGUACGUCAGCACCGGCUCCGGUCGCCUGGGCCACCCUCCCCCACAGCCCGCAGGCUGCGUCGCGCCGCCUCCAAACGCUCCAGAUACGUACGCCACGCCCGCCUGACGCACCUCUCCGAAGCACGAGCGCACUGCUCACGUCCUGCGUGCUGCACGCUCCCGACAAGAUCGCCGCGACCACCGCUUGCAAGCGCGCUCGCGCCCUGGCAUCGUGUCCAGCGCGCUCAAAACAUAUGAUGCACGUUCCCCCGCACCGGGGCACAUAUACCCGCGCAGUCUCGCGCCGAUCCGCGCUGAAAAAAUCUGGUCAGUCACGGGCGAUUUCAUGGGUGAUCCCUGAAACGCCGCAAAGAAAUGGGCGUCCCGGCAGCCCCUCGCGUCCCGGCAGCCCCACCACUGGGCACGCACCCCACGGCGCACUCUGCACGCCGAUCCACGUCGGCGUCGCCGUGUCAACGCGUGUGGAACGAGCACGGCAAGCUUGGCGGUUGCCGCCCACCGCGCGGCUCCCGCCUCUCCCGCGCCCCAGCAUCGUCUCCGGGACGCCCAGAAACGCGGCAGCCGCUCCCGUGCACCAGAACGCACUCCCCCAGCGAGUUACGUGGCGAUCCGAGGAGAAAAAAUCGGGCGCAUUUCGCUCGAUUUCAUUGGUUUUUAGGCCUCGACGACGGAAAAAUGCGCGUCCCCGCCCCGGAACGCCUCCUCCGGCGGCAGGAUCUGGCACGGGACGUCCUUGGCACGUUCCACGUCGGCCCUUGACGUGUUCUGGCGCGCCCGACGGGGUCGAACCGUGCACGUUUCGCGGCGAGCUGGAGGGGACCGGCCCUCCAAGCACCUUGAUGCGGUCCACGGGGCGCCGCGCGCGCACCCAUCUGUGAGCACUGUCAAUGUGGAGUGCGUAUGCGACAGCAGCGGAACACUCACGCACCGAAUGCGCUCGAUGAGCAUGCGGAGUCCGCCGGCGCCGUCGAACACCCC